AUGUUGGAUUUAUUAAAAGUGCUGACAACUGUAUAUAGUUUAUCAUUAUUGCCAUAUUUAAUCAGUUCUAUAAUGUUAAUUGUUGCAUAUUUCAGUAAAUGCAAGCUAAUGAGAGUGGUUACAGUUGUUUAUGUUUGUCAUUUAAUACUAUGCGUACUUUCUGGAUAUUUUCCGAGAUUUUUUUGGUAUCAACCAGAGGUUUUACUGAUUAUAAAUGCAUAUAAUAUCGAUUCGUCUACAGCUCCGUUGCUUGAGAUAUUGACUAAGUCAUAUAUACCCAAUGGCUCUAUUGCGUAUAGGGAUGAAGAAGAUAGAAGGUCAAUAUGCUUGUCUAAAAAUGGAUAUUUUGGUUUCGAUAAUGAAUAUGAUCCACGAUUAUUACCGGCUCUUUGGUUUUCUUAUCUCUCACGUAUGCUAAGGCAAGAAUCUUUCGAGAGUGUUGAUGAAUUAAGGAUCCCUUUUAGUUGGGACUCGCUUCUAGAUUUGCAGACUAGACUUUAUCUCCAACACAAGCCGUUCCGAAAUCUAGAUUGCAGUAAAUUUUACGAUUUUCAUGGGCUCAAUGGGACCGAAUUUUUGGAGAGUUGCCAGGAUUUACCAAACCGUGAAGGUAUAGGAGGCAUUCAGUUUAAAAUAUUUCAACCUGUAGAAGCCUCGAUGUCUGAAGAAGUAAGGAAAAUCAUUGGAUCUUCAUACUUAAUGCACUCUGCACCUCCUCCAGAGAAGCUCUUUCUACUAGGGGUAGGACCAAAUAGAAGUGGACUUAUAGUUCCAACAUACUCAUUGAGAGAAGAUUAUAGAAAGAGUGAUUUGUUUUAUUUUAUAAGAAACCAAACAAUCUGUUUAACUGGCAUAACUGGUCAGAGUAUAAGUAUACACGAAGAAGUAGACAAACUUAUGGAGUUGUUAUCUUUACGAAUUGCCAAUCUUUCGUAUGUUGCAGAUGAAGAACUAACUGGUGAUAUGUUUCGACUUGUUAUAUCUGGUGAAAAUAACUCUAAUCGUUUAACAAAGGAUGAUUUUUUUUUGGGUGAAGUUAAUAGCUUUCUCAAGGAAAAGUUGAUAGGAUCUUUGAACAGCACGUUGGAUCACAAUUUUUAUGAAAAGAUUUUAUCACAGAUCGAUAUAGUUAAUUCGACCCGAAAUAAAUAUUUCCAUGAGGCAACGGUUGUUGGACAAACAGACAAUCAUUAUGAUUGGCGAUUUUUCAAGCAACUACAUUAUUCCAAUUAUGAAAGAAAAGCGAUAUUACAUCGAUUAAGUCGAGCAUGGCUACGGUUUUCUAACACAUUAGGUAUUAAAACUUGGAUUGCCCAUGGUUCUUUGUUGGGGUGGUAUUGGAAUGGUAUGAGUUUGCCGUGGGAUCAAGAUUUGGACGUCCAAAUAACUAUGGAAUCGUUGAUAAAAAUAGCAAAAUACUAUAAUCAGUCUUUGGUAUUAGACCUAACCGAUCAAGAAUUCAACUUGAAUCUAGGUGUUGGCUCCUAUUUAGUGGAUGUUAGUCCGGCAUUAUUUGAUAGACAGAAAGGCAGCGGUGAAAAUACGAUAGACGCAAGAUUCAUUGAUACAGAAACAGGCUUCUAUGUUGAUAUCACAGCGAUAGCUUUCACAAAUACUGUGAAUGAUAUCUCAAUAAAUGAUAAGUCAUUUUCUGAGUUGAAUCAAGUCUUGGACAAUGAUUUUGUUAUGAAAGAUAACUCUCAUACUAUUCUGAAAGAGGACCUUUAUAAGGACUUAUCUAUCAGAAAAACAGAGCUUUGGAAUGCUCAGAAUGUUUUUAACUGUAAGGAUAACCAUUUCUAUACGCUCGAAGAUUUGAACCCCUUAAUUCCUACACUAUUCGAAGGAUCUAUCGCUUAUGUACCGAGAGGAUUUAAGCAAAUAUUGCAAAGAGAAUAUAAUCGUGGUUUGCUCUACUAUCAUUAUGCGAAUCAUGUUUUCAGGCCGGUGUUAGAUUUAUGGGUACCACGGUAUAUAUGCAAAGAUGAUUAUAUUGGAAACAAGUGCUUUGAUACAGAAACUCUAUUAGAAAUGGAGUAUACUAAACCCUUAACUAAAAUACAUAGGAGAGAAAUGCUGAACCAAAAUCGUGAAUCGUAUAAUAUAAAUGAUGAGCUAGCACCUUUUAGAUUGGAUCCUUGGAUUAUCAAAAGGGCAGAUAAAAUUAAGCGGUGCCUAGAUACUCGAUGA